UCGCCGCCAUGUCACACAACAUGCCUGCCCCUCAGCAGACUCCACCGCAGCUGCCUCAGCAACCCCCACGACCAAUUCCUCAUCCUCCACAGCAGUCGCAACACCCACACCAGCCCAUGCAGCCUAUCUCGCGCCCUUACUCGCCUUACCAGAACAAUGCUUCGCCAACCGGCAUCGCUCUGCCUCCUGCUAAAAGGCCACGCCUUCCAUAUCCUCCGCCUCCUGCUCUUCCCGAAAGUCCAUAUGCCACCUACUCACCUAUGACUGCUGGUAGCCCUCCCGCUUUUAAUGCGCCUCAGCCCUACGCCCCCCUCACCCAUGCCUGGCGCCAUGGGCCCUNNCCUCCACGACCCACCCAGGAAAAGGCUGAGAAAGAGGACAAGGAAAAGAUCACCGACAUCAGCGACGUCACUGAUGUCUUCCACGGUUCGGGUAUUGACUUAAGGGAAGAAGAAAACUACAUGACUAGUACCUACAGAAACGUGCAUAAAAACCCGUCCUUUAACACCUCCUUUAGCUCAAACACAACUGUCGCUUCACCAAACAAUAGCUUUGGUCUGGUCUCGCAGGGCAGUUUCGGAAGCCAGCCUGCUUUUGCGGGGAGCGGUCCUAUCUCACAACCACCAGUAUCGCAAGAAUCUGUCAAGGAUGAGCUCGACCAAAAACACCGCGCCGCUGCGCUUGCGCUCAAUGAGAAGCGUCAGCAACACCUGAAUGACCCAUUCUUGCAAGCUAACAACAUUCGUCAUCGUAUGCACCGCAUUGCUUAUGACCAAGGCGUUGCCCUUAAUGUGGAUGGACUGUAUGACAAAUUGCCGGAACGGCCACAGGGAAUUCAGGGUGUCUCAGCGACAGGCCCCAACGGUACUGCUGCAGCUGUCAAAGGACAUGGCUUGCUUCAAGAGACGGCACCUCUGGCUGAAAUUCUCACCCUCAUAUCGCUUGCCGCAAACGAGAGAGUCCGUUCCUUGGUUGACGAAUCAUAUGCCAUUGCUCGUGGCAGACGCUAUGGUAGUCAUGGAGUGGUUCCUCCGAAUCUGUCAGAUCUUGCGAUUGGUGAAAACGAAACAGCUGCCGUGGCUGAGAUACCGCGCAUCACGAACACAGCUUGGGAGAAGGUGCCCGAAGACAACCUCAGUGGUAUCGAGGGUGGUGUGGUAAAAUCCGAAACACNNCCGUCAUUUUCUUCAGCUAUCUCUACACAUCUACUGGAGCUGGCCAAACAAGAUCGUGAUGCCGAGCGCGAACGCGUUCGUAAGCGCCAGGAACGUGCAAAGCGCGCCAACUCAGCCUCAAAUGUGGACGGUAUUAAUGGCACCGACGCAACAUCUGGACCUGCAACACCCUCUGCAGCUGCCGCUCCAUCAUCCACAGACGCUUCCGGUGCAGCCCCAGAAAAGCCAAUGACCAAGAAGGAGCGUGAGCGACAGGCCAAGAUGGGCCAGACUGAAGAAGUUUUGCACAAAAACUCUAACACGACCGCUGCCUUGCAACUGGGUAUGGGCAAGAAANAGAAGUACAGUUGGUUGACUGGUGGUGCACCAGCGGCGCCUGUGAAUCCUUACAAGCAGACCCCCAAGUCCACUUCAGCCAUUGCGGCAACAGGUGGCACUGGUAGUGGAAAGAAUGCUUCAAGUGGCAGCAAUGGCAUGGACAAGGCGCUACAAGUACGUGAAAGGAAGUGGGGUAGUUGGAGAGAAGACGGCGUAGAAGGCAGAGGCAUCCAGGUCAGAGACUGGGUUGUUGUGCUCGAGAGAGAUGGUAAAGAGAAGAAGGCACUACAAAAGAGCUUGCUGAAGCUCGAGUGUGCGGCAGAG